AUCGAAUAGUCAAAGAUGAUCUUACGGUUCUGUAAAGGUGCUGGGGUGAAAGGGCGGCUGUGUUUUACGAUUUUUCUCUACAUUUUAUCGACCCUAUCGGAGGUCAGAGGGUACCGGAUAUUGAGUAUACUUCCCUACAACGCAAAGAGCCACGCCAUCAUGUUCGAGGCACUUUGCAAGGGGCUGGCUAAUCGCGGCCACCAGGUUGACGUUGUGGGACACUUCCCGCUGAAGAAGCCCGUCAAGAAUUACACCGACAUAAUAAACUUGGACGACCCCUCAAUCCCGAAAUUACAGAAUAAUUUGACAUAUGCAUACGUGAAGGCAACUGCACUGGAUAGACCCGUCGUGCCAUUUCUCACAUCCACCUUCGGAGCUGAACUUUGCAAAUUUAUGGACCACCCCGAGUUGAAGAAGCUGAUUAAAAACCCUCCGAAGGAUCCUCCCUACGACCUCCUCAUCGGCGAGGUCUUGGCUGCCCACUGUUUCCUGGCAUUGGGUCAGCACUUCAAGGUUCCGGUGGUGGCAAUCGUGACAUCUCCGAUGUGGCCGUGGUCGAGCGACUUCGUGGCGAACCCCGAUAACCCGGCCUACGUGCCCGGAGUUUUCUCAAAUCUCAUGGCGCCCAUGAAUUUUUGGGAACGGAUGACCAACACUUUGGACUUGAUCAGUAAAAAGAUGCAGUUUUACUACUACACCAGAGACCAGGAUGAGAUCAUAAGGAAACACCUCGGCCCGCAUGCUCUCGGAGUCAGAGAAGCCGAGAGAAACGUCUCUCUGAUCCUCGUCAAUUCUCACUACAGUUUGAACGGCGUCAGGCCAUUCACCACGGCGGUUGUCGAGGUCGGAGGAAUCCAUAUUCCAAAAGAAAUCGACCCGUUGCCUCACGACCUGCAAGAGUGGUUGGACCAGAGCAAAGACGGCUUCGUGUACGUAUCCUUUGGCUCGAUGCUUAAGAUCGAGUCAUUUUCGGCAGAAAUUUUGCACGCGCUUUACAAAUCCUUGGGAAAAUUGGCGCCUGUUAGAGUGCUGAUGAAAAUAGCAAAACCCGAUGAACUGCCACCCGGUUUGCCGAGCAACGUGUUGGUCCGUUCGUGGAUUCCGCAGCUCGGUGUUCUCUCUCACAAGAAUGCUCGCGUCUUCUUCACCCACGGAGGUCUGAUGUCGACCCAGGAGGCCAUCUACUGCGGCGUCCCGAUGAUAGGGGUGCCUGUCUUCUCCGAUCAGCCCCUAAACGUGGCUCGUUACGUCAAUAAGAACGUCGCUGUGGCGCUGCUCCACAACGAUAUGACCGAGGAAAAGAUCGACGCCGCCUUUGAGAAGGUCCUCGGCGACCCCUCAUACAUGGCAGCGGCGAAGAAGAUUUCCGCCGAAUUUCGGGACCGACCGAUGAGCCCGUUGGACACCGGGAUCUUCUGGGUCGAGUACGUCGUCAGACACGGAGGAUCGAAUAUCAGGUCACCGGCGAUGGAUUUAUCGUGGAUCCAAAUCGCGCUGAUCGAUGUCUUUGCCGUCCUGAUUCUCGGCUUGGCCGUUAUUGCCUACUUGUUUCAACUUUUCGUGAAGAAGCUUUUCGCCAUAUUGGUGACGGGUACCGAAGCAACGGCUCGCCACAAGAAGAUCAAUUGAAAUUGCGCGACGAAUUUCUUUACAACGAAGAUGAAAAGUCUCGUUGCGUUACAUUUCACCCCGAAAUCACGAUGAUUUCUGCAACACCGCUCAGGGCUCUUCGACGAGCGUACUAAUUAACGCGUUUACUCCUAAUUAAUUCGCACUCGUAUCUCGUAUUCAUGCAGCAGCAACAGCAGUGAUUAAAGCGCCGACUAAAUAUUUGAUACCCGCAUCAAAUGCAGGAUCCCUUCGAAAUGGAAUUCGCGUAUCAUCUCACACCGGGACUUCACAGACAAGGAAAGUUCCCCAAAUUCGCUUUUGUGAAUCUUUCGUCUUAGAUUCAAUCGUAUUUUAAUUUUCUUCAUUCACCACCGAAAGAUCCGAACAUCCGAAAGUUCGUCACGGAACCGUUGAACGAAAUUGAGUUCGUUACUUUUAGAGUACAGUAAUUUUGUCGAAUAAAUUGUGAUUUAUGUGAGUUGAAUAAGCAGCUCGUCAAGA